AAAUUAGCCAAUCAUAGAAGUUUAAUCCACCACGUCAUAACUGAUUUAACGUGAUAAAACUUGUGCGAGAGGACUUUCAUAAUGGGCUUCUAAUAAUUUGUCCUAGCCAAUUUAAAUCAGCCCAAAAACUGACGAUAUCAUUUUGCCUCUUCUGCUCUUCCACUUCACCAUCCGUUUCUUUUGGAGUUAUUGCGAUCUACUCUCAAUAAUUCAAUUCCAGAUCUUUACUCCUAUCGCUAUCCUUCCACCUCCCUUUUAUGUCUCCUCCUCUUAGAUGAAUCCUUUUGUAGACAAGCCUGCUAUGUUCUUUACUCUUGCAAUUUUAGUUUUUUUUUUUGUGCCUGUCGAAGCCAUGGCCUCAAAUCCAGACGGAUCAAGAUUAAUUAUCGUCAUGAAUCAAUGCUGUCUUCCACUACCUCCAUACAUAAGCUGAUGACUCCUUCCAGAGUUAAGACUUAUCCUCACAGCAGGUUUCCGCUGGCUGACCUACGUGACUGAGAAGCGUCUCCGGCGAAGCUAUACUCGGUCGGGUUCAGUUUCGAUCCGAUACUUUUGAAAAGAUUUUUCCCUUUUAACAGCAACAACGAAAGGUAAAGGGAGCGAAAAGCACGAACAUACCACCAUGCCAGCGCAGAUGGUUUUCAUGGACAGAGAUUAUACGAAGAAGAAAGUUCGAAGCUUAGUAGCUGAGUCUUGGGAGUUUCUGUACGCCAUUCCGGUGACUAAGACAAGAGCAUUCUAUGAGAGCUCUGAUUCCUCCAAACCGAUCGAGUUCUUGGUUCGGCACGGUGAAGCUCCGCAGGAACUUUGUGACACAGUUUGCAAUUUGUAUGCAGUUAGCACCUCCACAGGUCUCGGAGGUAUGCACUUGGUGUUGUUUAAGGUUGGGGGCAACCAUCGUCUACCUCCUACAACACUUUCCCCUGGUGACAUGGUUUGCAUAAGAAUUUGUGACAGUAAGGGUGCUGGAGCAACUUCUUGUACGCAGGGGUUUGUUCACAGCCUUGGAGAUGAUGGGUGCAGCAUUGGCGUUGCUCUAGAAUCUCGCCAUGGAGAUCCUACUUUCUCCAAGCUCUUUGGAAAGAGUGUCAGAAUUGAUCGUAUUCAUGGGUUGGCCGAUGCUCUCACUUAUGAGCCUACUUGGAUAACACAAUGCCCGCUGCUUCUUCUCGACACAAGAAUGUCAUAUGGGAGUUUGUCAAUGGCCUGCGAGGAGCGUCUAGAUCCAGCUGGUACAGGCUCAUUAUACAAUGAAGGAGAAGCAGAUAUUGUGGUUAAUCACGUCAUCGCGUUGAUUUAUGCAGGGGUUAGUACAAUGGCUAUAGCCGUUCAAUCCCCAUAUGUUGCUCAGGUGCAGCUUCUCAGAGAAAGGCUAGAUGAUUUUCCAGUUGCUGAUGGAGUUGAGGUCGCAACCAUUGACAGCUUUCAAGGACGGGAGGCUGAUGCAGUGAUCAUAUCAAUGGUACGGUCGAACAACCUAAGUGGGAUUCCUAGGGGAUAGCAGAAGGAUGAACGUAGCCAUAACAAGAGCCCGGAAGCACGUGGCGGUGGUAUGCGAUAGCUCAACAAUCUGCCACAACACGUUCCUUGCAAGACUGUUGCGUCACAUACGCUAUUUCGGAAGAGUGAAACAUGUAGACCCAGGUAGCUUGGGUGGUUCAGGACUAGGCUUGGACCCGAUGUUGCUAACUCCGCCAAACAUACAAUGUAACUACUACCAACAACAAGAAAACCAAAAACUUAUUUUCUCUCUCUAUCUUGGUGUAAUAUGUUUCCAUGGCGAGUUGUUCCUUGUACAGGAAAAUAUUUAUUUUCCAUGCAUCUACAAGAAAAUAUUUAUUCUCCCCUGCUAGGUCUUCAUGGAGUAAAUUGAACACUGAUAAAAUUAUAUUAUUAUAAUA